AAUCCUAUCCGAUCGGCCACGACGAUCGCCCGGAACCAGGAUGGGUAGCCAGGGACAAGCGGCACCCGGAGGCCGUGGAGACGCCGGCGGAAGGGCGCACUUCGUGUUCGUCCCGCUGAUGGCGCAGGGCCACCUCAUCCCGGCCGUCGACACCGUGCUGCUGCUCGCCACCCACGGCGCGGUCUGCACCAUCGCCGGGACCCCGGCCACGGCCGCGCGGGUGCGCCCGACCGUCGACUCCGCCCGGCGCUCCGGCCUGCAGGUCCGGCUCGUCGAGUUCCCGCUCGACUACGCCGCGGCCGGCAUGCCGGACGGGGCGGACAACGCGGACAACGUCCCGGCGGAGCACAUGCGGAGCUACUUCGGCGCCAUGGCGCGCCUCCGCGAGCCGAUCGAGAGCUACCUCCGCGCGCGCGCGCCGUUCCCGACGUGCGUCGUGUCGGACUUCUGCCACCCCUGGACCACGGUGCUCGCGGCCAACCUCGGGGUCCCGCGGCUCAGCUUCUUCAGCAUGUGCGCCUUCUGCCUCCUGUGCCAGCACAAUGUCGAGCGGUUCAAAGCCUUCGAAGGCGUCGCCGCCGACGACGAGCCGGUCGUCGUGCCGGGGCUGGAGAAGAAGGUCGCGGUGACGAGAGCGCAGGCGCCGGGCUUCUUCCGGGGGUCGGCGGCGUGGGAGGUGUUCGCGGACUACAUCGAGCGCGCGCGGGCCGAGGCUGACGGCGUCAUCAUGAACACCUUCGAGGAGAUGGAGCCGGAGUACGUCGCCGGCUACGCGGCGGCCAGGAAGAUGAAAGUCUGGGCCAUCGGGCCGGUGUCUCUCUACCACCAGCAGCGCGCCGCGACGCUGGCGGCGAGAGGGUACGCCACCGCCGCCAUCGACGCGGGCGAGUGCCUCCGGUGGCUCGACGGCAAGGAGCCCGGCUCCGUCGUCUACGUCAGCUUCGGGAGCAUCGCUCGGGCGGGCGGGAAGCAGGCCGUGGAGCUCGGCCUCGGGCUGGAGGCGUCGGGGCACCCGUUCAUCUGGGUGGUCAGGAACGCCCACGAGUACGACGCGGCGGCGCGCGCCUUCCUGGACGAGCUCGAGGCGCGCGUGGCGGGGCGCGGCCUGCUCGUCCGGGGGUGGGCGCCGCAGGUGCUGAUCCUGUCCCACGCCGCGGUGGGCGGGUUCGUGACGCACUGCGGGUGGAACUCGACGCUGGAGGCCGUCGCGGCGGGGCUGCCGGUGGUGACGUGGCCGCACUUCACGGACCAGUUCCUGAACGAGAAGAUGGCAGUCGAGGUGCUGGGCAUCGGCGUCAGCGUCGGGGUCACGGAGCCGCUCAUGUACCGGGCGGUGGAGAAGGAGAUCGUGGUGGGGCGGGGCGUGGUGGAGGCGGCCGUGAGGAGCGUGAUGGGCGGCGGGGAGGAGGCGGAGGAGAGGCGGCGGCGGGCCCGCGCGCUCGCGGCCAAGGCGAGGGUGGCUAUGCAGAAAGGCGGGUCGUCGCACGGCAACCUGCUGGAUUUGGUCAAGCGCUUCAAGGCCGUUUCUUGAUUGGCGUAGCGUGGUGAGCGAAUGGCAGUUGCAAAAUCAUGCUAGGGACGGUUUCUGUCUUCUGUUUAGCGUAGCUGUCGUUCAUUCAUGACAUUGCUUUUGUUUCUUGGAAGCACAACUAGACACGUCACCGUUUAUGACCACCUACGAGGUGACGUAGGCACCAUAGAUUUAGAUAUUUUUUUAAAAAAAUCUCAUAGAUAUUAAGAUAGAUAUAAGAUAUUACACAUUGUUGUAUCGCAUAGAUAUAAGAUGUUAAAAAGAAGAGAAAGAGUUUGAUAUGAAACCGCUCCAAA